AUGAGGGAAGUAGUUUUUAAUUACUUUUAAAGUAGUUCACUUAACAGAGCUUUCAUUCCAUAAAUUUAAUCUUAAUUCAUCAUACAGAGUUGUGUUUUGGGUAACUUAUAUAACUUUCAACUAUAGAGUGGGUUACCAAUUCACUCUAAAAUUAUAAUUUGAGUUACUCACUCAUUAUAGUAAUUUUUCUAUAUUUAUUUAGUUAAUAUUGGUUUGUUAAGGUUUGUACUUUGGUUGCAGAAAUGUUAUUAAGCACAACAUGUAUUAUGAAAUUUUUAGAAAUUUGUUGCAGAAUGCAUCCUGGAAAGCUACCUUUUGGCAAUUGCCCAAAGCUUUUCGAUAAAAUCAGCUAAGGACUAUAAGGAGGAUGAGUUGUAUAAUUUACAAAGACAAUAUAUUAAAAAUUGAUGGCUAAAAUGAAGUUCUCAAGAAUUAACUCAUGAAAAAAUUCUCCAAAUACUUGUGA